GCGGCGGGCGGCAGCGGCGGGAUGAUGCGGGCGGCGGCGGCGGCCUGCUGGCUGUGGGGCGCGCUGCUGGCCGCCGGGCGCAGCCUGCCGCGGCUCCGCCUGCCCUACCGCGAGCUGCUGAGCACGAACCGCUCCGUCCUCUUCUACGGCCUCCGCAGCCCCCUGGGCUUCCGCUCCCUCUACCUGGACGAGUACCGCGACCAGCUCUUUGUCGGCGGCAAGGAUGUGCUCUACUCCCUUCGCCUGGACCGGGCCGGCGCGGACCCCAAGGAGAUCUACUGGCCGCCCGUCCCCGGGCAGGCGGAGGAGUGCGCCCGCAAGGGGAAGGACCCAGCGACUGAGUGCGCCAACUACGUCCGCCUGCUGCACCCCUACAACCGGACCCACCUGCUGGCCUGCGGCACGGGCGCCUUCCGCCCGCUCUGCGCCUUCGUCCACGUGGGGCCCCGCGGGGAGCAGCACGCCUUCGGCCUCGAGCCCGCCCGCGCGGAGAGCGGCCGCGGCAGGUGCCCACACGAGCCCGACCGCCCCUUCGCCAGUGCUGUGGUCGGCGGGGAGCUCUACGCUGGCCUGGCCGCCGACUUCCUGGGCCGCGAGCCCAUCCUCUUCCGCAGCAUGGGCGCCCGCCCGGCCCUGCGCACCGACACGGACCAGCGGCUGCUCAGCGACCCCAAGUUCGUGGCGGCCUACGCGAUCCCAGACAGCGACGACCGCGAUGACGACAAGGUCUACUUCUUCUUCACGGAGAAGGUGGCUGAGGUGGACGGCAGGGAGCACGCUGUCUUCAGCCGGGUGGCGCGGAUCUGCGUGAAUGACGCUGGAGGCCAGAGGGUGCUGGUGAACAAGUGGAGCACCUUCAACAAAGCCCGCCUGGUGUGCUCCGUCCCGGGCCCCGGCGGCAUCAACACCCACUUCGAUGAGCUGGAGGACGUCUUCUUGUUGAGGACGAAAGAUGAGAAGAGCCCGGAAAUCUACGCCCUCUUCAGCACCGUCAGCCACGUCUUCCGGGGCUCCGCCGUCUGCGUGUACCGCAUGGCCGACAUCCGGGAGGUCUUCAACGGGCCCUUCGCCCACCGGGACAGCCCUCUGCACCAGUGGGCCGCCUACGAGGGCCGGGUGCCCUACCCGCGGCCCGGCGUGUGCCCCAGCAAGACCACCAGCCAGCCCAGGCACCAGUACAGCACCACCAAGGACUACCCCGACGACGUGCUGCACUUCGCCCGUGCUCACCCCCUCAUGUACAAGGCCGUGUACCCGCGGCACCGCCAGCCCCUCCUAGUGAAGACCGACCUGCAGCACCGCCUGCGCCAGCUCGUGGUGGACCGGGUGGAGGCCGAGGAUGGGCAGUACGACGUCCUCUUCCUCGGCACAGACUCUGGCUCGGUGCUGAAGGUUGUGGUGCUGCAGAAAGGCAACUCGGCCGCCACGGAGGAGGUGGUUCUGGAGGAGCUGCAGGUUUUUAAGGCGCCGGUGCCCAUCACCCAGAUGGAGAUCUCCGUCAAGCGCCAAACGCUCUACGUGGGCUGCAGCCUGGGGGUGGCCCAGGUGCGGCUGCACCAGUGCGAGACCUACGGCACAGCCUGCGCCGAGUGCUGCCUGGCCCGGGACCCCUACUGUGCCUGGGACGGCGUGGCCUGCACGCGCUACCAGCCCGCGGGCAAGCGCCGCCACCGCCGCCAGGACGUCCGCCACGGCAACCCCAUGCACCAGUGCCUGGACCAGAACCUCACUGUGGACGACUUUGAGCGCGUGGAGGAGAAGGUGCUCUACGGCGCGGAGCACAACAGCACCUUCCUGGAGUGCGCGCCCCGGUCGCCGCAGGCCAGCGUGCAGUGGUUCGUGCAGAGGCCCCCCGACGAGCAGCGGGACGAGGUGAAGACAGACGAGCGGAUCCUGCAGACGGAGCAAGGGCUGCUUUUCCGGCAGCUGCACCGCCACGACGCCGGCGUUUAUUACUGCAAGACGCUGGAGCACGGCUUCACCCAGACCGUCGCCAAGACGGCCCUGGCGGUGAUCGAGAGCGAGCAGCUGGAGCGCGGCUUCCAGCGGGAGCCGGAGGCCGAGCCCGCACACCCGCCUUGCUCCGAGCCCGCGCUCCGGCCCGCAGUGCCGGCUCCCAAGACCUGGUUCAAGGACGUCAUGCACCUCCUCAGCUACGCCGACCUGCAGCGGGUGGAGGAGUACUGCGCCCGCCUGUGGUGCGGUGACCGCCAGCGCCGCAAGAGCAAGCUGGCCAAGGCCAAGCACGCCCUGGCGGCCAUGGCCGCAGGCAAGAAGGGGCAGGCGGCCAAACCGCAUGGCGGGAGGAGCCGCGUGCCCCGGCAAGCCAUGGCCACCUAGGGACCCAAGGGGAAGGGCUGGGGGGCUGCGAAGCCAGCCGGGGGCGGCUGGUGGCGAGGACCGGCUCCCUGGCCAGGAGGCUCCUGCCCCGGCGGGUGUGUGGUGCUGCUGGGCGCGCGGGGGACUGGAGCCCAGUCCUGGCGGGGAAAUUGCUGGGCCCCCACCGGUGCUCCUGGCUGUCCACGGCCAGCCGCGGUCCCUCGGCUGCAGUUAGGGACCAAGAGGCCCUCCGCCCCCACAGCACCCUGGAUGCCAGGGCCGGCUCCUGGGCUGGCCCCAGUGACCCUCAGCGACACGGAGCUGAGCCCCGAAACGGGUGUCAUGGUGGGGCACGCUGGGUCCCCCUCUUGUAGUGCCGCAGGUAGCCGGCGCUCUCGGCAUGUGGGGGGCCAUGGCCGCCGCAGCGGGCACCCCAGUGCCACUGGGGGUUUGGUGCAUUUGGGGCCGUGUCCCCCGCAGCAGUGACCCUGGGCUCGGGGUGCUCGCUGGCUUUCUCCACAAAUAAAACAGCCCUCAGGCCCA